GGCCCAUAUUGGCUUCAUCGCUUCUCAAGCCAUGACUCUCAGCAGUGUAUGAAAUUCUACAUAAACAUCGCAUUUUCUAGACAUACCCUAAUGGUUCGUCAACUCUACUCAAGUUACGAUACAGACCUCACAAAUGUCAUCCAUACACAAACCUCUCAAUGUCAUCAUCAUUGGCGCCGGUAUUGGUGGCCUCACAGCAGCAAUUGCCUGUCGCCACGCUGAUCCGCCGCUGGACGUCACAGUGCUCGAGAAGUGCCCUAAAAUACUGACCAUCGGCGCUGGUAUUCAUAUUCCGCCCAAUGCAUGCCGCAUCCUGUCCGAGUUUGGGCUCUUAGACAAGCUGAAGCAAGCUGGCGGAUACGAAGUAGACCGCUUCGUGCUGAGCCGCUACGAGGACGGCCGCACCCUCGCUUCCAAACCCUUACGCGAACGAGUACAAAAAGAAUAUGGUUCCGAGUGGAUUGCCAUUCAUCGCGGAGACUACCAGAGUGUGUUGCUAAACGAAGGCGUUCGACUCGGCGCAAAAAUCCUGACAAACACAGAUGCUGUUGAUGUCCAACAGAAAAAUUUAGAUGGGCAGAGUAUUGUUCAUACGGCAGAUGGGCGUCAAUUGCUAGCCGAUGUGGUGAUUGGGGCAGAUGGUCUGUGGUCACAUACGCGAAAUAUCGUCUUGGGACGGUCGCUCAUUCCAGAAGAGACGGGUGAUUUAGCAUAUCGAGUCACAUUUUCUCGUGAUCAGCUUCGAGGUUUAGCAAGCAAGGAGGUGGACGCGUUAGUCGAGCGAAGUGACAUCCAAGUUUGGCUUGGCCCAGGUAGACACGUGGUUUUUUAUCCCCUCCGAAAUCAUACUGAGUACAAUUUGGUUCUUCUAGUUGCGGAUGACCUGCCGACUGGUGUCCGCACCGCCGACGCGACUGUCGAGGAGAUGAUGUCUAACUUUGAAGGCUGGGAUCCCAGAUUAAAACUCAUCAUGUCUGCGGCGGAUAAACAGCAGCUACCUCUCAAGUGGAAACUCCUCCACGUCAAAGAGCUACCACAAUGGACCAGAGGUACACUUGCUCUUCUAGGCGACGCAUCGCACCCGUCUCUACCCUACCUAGGCCAAGGUGCGGCCAUGGCCGUUGAAGACGCCGCCACGCUGGGCAUGCUGCUGAACGCGUACAGCAGUAAGGGAGUGGUAAACGACCAGCGCGAGAGAAAUCAGGAAAUUGCAGAGCUUUUGAAAUUCUACGAAAGGUCAAGAAAAUCGCGUGCUGAGAUUAUCGUUGCGGGUGCAACGGACACGCGGCACUACUACCAUCUUCCGGACGGCUGCCAACAAAAGAUGCGCGACGAGGAGCUGUCCAAGCUCGCCGAUGCUAACUGGGAUGGGCCAUGUUCGUUUAAUUGGGGAGAUUCUGUGUAUCAAAGGGAUUUACUAGCCUUUGACAUUGCCUCACACCUAGCAGACGCGAGCUCGGACGCGCCCAAGGUAACAAGGUCCCGUCGGCAGAGGCAUGUCGAUAGGGUGCAAAGAAUAUUCUCUCCUGUAUCAUCUACCAAGAUAUAG